AUGGAGCUGAGCUGUGCCAUGGGGGGCAGCGCCGCCGCCCCGCCGGGCCCCGGGCCCCCCCCCGCCACCGCCACCACCGGGGCCGGGCUCAGGGAGGGCGAGGAGUACGAGAGCCUGCCCAGCGGCGCCGCGCUCGGCACGCACAUGGUGGCCGGGGCCGUUGCGGGGAUCAUGGAGCACACGGUCAUGUACCCCGUGGACUCGGUCAAGACGCGGAUGCAGAGCCUGCAGCCGGACCCCAAGGCGCAGUACAGGAGCGUGUACGAAGCUCUCAAGAGGAUGGUGCUGACUGAGGGCUUCUGGAGGCCGCUACGUGGGAUUAACGUCACCGUGCUGGGCGCCGGCCCUGCCCACGCCUUGUACUUCGCCUGCUACGAGAAAAUGAAAAAGUCUCUCAGCGAUGUUUUCCAGCAGGGAGGAAACAGCCACUUGGCCAAUGGCAUCGCCGGGAGCGUGGCCACGCUGCUCCACGACGCUGUGAUGAAUCCUGCCGAAGUGGUGAAGCAGCGGCUGCAGAUGUUCAACUCUCCGUACACGUCGGUGCUGGGCUGCGUGCGGACGGUGCGCAGGACUGAGGGCCUGGGAGCCUUCUACCGCAGCUACACCACGCAGCUGACCAUGAACGUGCCCUUCCAGGCCAUCCACUUCAUCACCUACGAGCUCCUGCAGGAGCACCUCAACCCCCAGCGCCGCUACAACCCCGGCUCCCACAUCGUGGCCGGCGCCGUGGCCGGGGCCGCGGCCGCCGCCGCCACCACGCCGCUGGACGUGUGCAAGACGCUGCUCAACACGCAGGAGAACACGGCCCUGAGCUCCCUCAACAUCCGGGGCCACCUGUCGGGCAUGGCCAACGCCUUCAGCACCGUCUACCAGCUGGGAGGGCUUCCCGGCUUCUUCAAGGGCGUCCAGGCUCGGGUGAUCUAUCAGAUGCCCUCCACGGCCAUCGCCUGGUCCGUGUACGAGUUCUUCAAGUAUUUCCUCACCAGGCACGCGCUGGAGAGGAAAAUGUCCUCGUGAGGGAGGGGAGAGGAGAGCGGGGAGCUGGCCGUGCCCCGUCCCGGCGUAGCCCGGCUGGGAAUCGGGGUGGGUUCGGCGUCUUCCCUGCCCCGGGGUGGGGUUCCCGUGGGGCUCCCCUGGGAAUUCCUGGUGAUUGAGUGUUCCCCAGGGAAUUUCUGGUCAUUGAGUGUACCCUGGGAAUUCCUGGUGAUUGAGUGUUCCCCAUGGAUCUCCUGGUCAUUGAGUGUAUCCAGGGAAUUCCUGGUCACUGAGUGUCCUCAAGCGAUUCCCGGUCAUUGAGUGUCUGCAGGAAUUCCCGUGGUGUUCCCCAAGAAUUCCUGGUCACUCAGUGUCCUCAUGGAAUUCCUGGUCACUGAGUGUCCCCUUGGAUUUCCUGGUCGUUCAGUGUUCCCAGGGAUUCCCAUGGUGUCCCCAUGGAUUUCCUGGUCACUCAGUGUCCCCAUGGAAUUCCUGGUCAUUGAGCGUACCCUGGGAAUUCCUGAUCACUGAAUGUACCCAGGGAAUUCCUGGUCACUCAGUGUCCUCAUGGAAUUCCUGGUCACUGAGUGUCCCUAUGGAUUCGUGGUCACCAAGUGUCCUCAGGGAUUUCAGAUCACUGAAUGUCCCCAUGGAAUUCCCGGUCAUGGAGGGUCCCCAGGGAUUCCCAUGGUGUUCCCCAGGAAUUCCCGGUCAUGGAGGGUCCCCAGGGAUUCCCAUGGGGGUCCCCAGGGAUUCCCAUGGUGUUCCCCAGGAAUUCCUGGUCACUCAGUGUCCCCAUGGAAUUCCCGGUCACUCUGAGCCCUGGGAUUCCCGGUCACCAAGUGUCCUCAGGAAUUCCCGAUCUCUGUCCCCAUGGAAUUCCCGGUCACUCAGUGUCCCCUUCCCUUCCUUAAACAACACCACCACCAACAACAAAAAGAAGAGUUUAUACAGACUUUUAUAUUAAUAUAUAUAUAUAUAUUUAAUAACUUUAUUUUGUGGCAGUGAGAUUGCAAACUGCUCUUUUCCUGGGAAAAAAGAUGGAAGCUGGAGUUUACUCCUCG